CUGGGUAGAAGCCUCCAGCCAAGGGGCUGGGAUUUGGGAGAGGCAGAAUAAACGCGCCUUUCGCGCCCGGCAUCCCCUCCAGUCCCGCGGCUCCCGCGCUCCCAGCCUUGGUCUCUUCUUGCCCUGCUUGCAGGAGGCAAGGCAUGCUGAAAUAAAGAGAAACUUGUUCUGUGGCAGGAAAGGUCGUUUCUUCUGGCCAGGCAUUCCCAUCCCGGGAAGGAGACAGGAAGCAUAUUGCAUUAAAGGUGGCAUUCCUCUCCUCUCCUUUCCUCUCCCCUGCUCUCCUGUGCUCUGCUCGCCGUCCCUGCCGCGAUGCCGCCGCCGUGUCCCCGCGGGGCCCUGCCCGGAGCCUCCCUCCUCCUCCUCCUCUUCCUCCUGCUCCCGCUGCUCUGCGCGGCCCCCGAUGCUUCAAGGGGAAAUAAGCUUAAACUGAUGCUUCAGAAACGAGAAGCCCCUGCUGCGGCGAAGGCCGAGGUGUCAGUGAAGGAGACGGCAGCCAAGGCGUUCCUGAGCAGCCUGAGGCGCCAGAGGCGCCAGCUGUGGGACAGAAGCCAGCCCGACGUGCAGCAGUGGUACCAGCAGUUCCUGUACCUGGGCUUCGAUGAGCAGAAAUUUGAAGAUGACAUCUCCUACUGGACCAACCUGGGGCGCGCUCGUAAUGAAUACUACGGUGGGUACUACCAGCACCACUACGAUGAAGAUUCUCCCAUUGGCCCACGGAACCCACACACCUUCAGGCACGGGGCAGGCGUCAACUACGACGAUUACUGAUGCCAUUCGCCCUGCUGCACUGGGCGAGGCCGAGCCCUCCCCCAGUCAGGAUGACCCUGCUUUUUCUUCUACUCAUGUCAAACAGAAGGAGGAAAGGAUCUGCCAGACUUUGAUGAGAGCAACAUGACUUUUUUUUAAAGGUUUUUUUAUAGGUUACAGAUAACAGUCUUUCUUUCUAUCAUUACUUAGUAGUACACUAUAUAUAAAAAGUGUUAUAGAAAUAAAGCUUUUUUGAUAAUUAGGUUGCCAUUAUUUAGUAGACUUCAUAAUAGCAAGUUUAAUUCCAACUGUAUUACUACAGAUUCCUUUUUAGAGGUUUUUUCUCUUGCUGUCCUACAAUCAAUUGCAAAAUUACAUUAUAUCAUCUACUUUGGCAUAUAGAAUACAUAAUAUUAGCCAGUACAUUUAAGAUGUGCCUUCCCAUUCACAUUUCUAUUAACAAAUAAAUCCAAUUAUUCUUGGGAGAAAAGAAACAAAA